AUUGUAAAUUGUAUUGUAUUGUAAUUAAUGAAUGCGAUAACGCGAAAUUAACGCGUUAACUUGCCCAGCACUAGUUCUUUUACUUAAUAUCAGGCUCAAAGAUGGAUUGCAGAAGAUAUGGAUACUUGACAAAUCAUUAAAGCACCACAUAUGACAAAUGAGGUCAUUUUGUUAUUGGGCACUUUUGUUAUACAUAAAAGUUUGAUAACCAAUUAAUAUUGGUUUUAGAUCGGUAGAUUAUUCCAUGUAAGAAUUAGCAUUUGAGCAUCAUGUUGUAAACUGUGAGUGCAUCAAAGCAGAGAGGCUGGAUGGUACAAGACUUCAACUGAGAAGUGAACGCCUUUAAAAACCCCAUUUCUAUCCAUGAUGCAUUUAUGUGUCCGUACGUGUGUCAGGAGGAUCUGCGUCGUCGCAGAGAGGAGGAGGGUCGGCAGCUGGACCUGAACGCCUCGCUCAGACUCAGGAAGCUCUCCCAGCAUCCCCACAUCGGCAUCGACAACCCCACAUUCCUGCAAGACUCGCACACAUCGCAGCAGCUGCCGCUCGGCAGCCAGCACACACACGCACUGCUGGAGUUGGAGGAGUUGCUGCUGUCACUGAAGCAGGUCCGGGGCUGCCUGUCCGACCAGCAGAGUCAGAAUGACGUCGAGCUGGUUCUUGCACUACUAAACAAGUCUGACUUCCAGUCAGCACUGAAUAUCCAUAAUGCUGUGGCCACCAGCAUGCACCGACCCUCUCCUCCAUACCCACACACACACCAGGCACUUCAGCUGGCCAUGGAGGUACAUCGCAGCUUACUUCAUUCAUUUUCAGUUCAUUCAUGUCGCAUCAUGUUCAACCGACAGAAACUAACACACACACACACACAGUCACACACAGUCCAGGUCAGCGAGUGUAUACUGUAAUAACGAGGUUGGAGACAGUGCAGCUCUGUUCAGUAUCAAUUAGAGCUGUGUGCACACACACACACACACACACACACACACACAUUCUUGUCAGCCAACUCUUUUAUGUUGCAAUCACAUUUUAAAACAACAGCCCAUUUAUAAUGAAUGCUGCCAUGGUCAGUUUUAGCUCAAACUUGAGUUGAUUCAUCAGAAGCAGAGAGCCAAAGCUGUUGGACUGACUGAAAUGUUUUUCACUCUGUGAAGUGAGAUCUUCUUAUGGGUGACUACCAGGUGACACCGGGUUGAAGACAACCAGUUCAAGUGAAGGGGACAUCCGGGAUGCUAGUUGGAUCAGUGCAUCAGCUCUUUUCUCUGCCACAGAGUUGAGUCGGCGAGCUGUCGGAGCUAUUCAUGGCUCAUUUCAUUGGAAUCUCAAUAAAGAGCUGCACAUUAUUUCUGUUCCAUGUUGGCAUCUUCGCCCCUGCCCCGCUUUCAGCUUUCACAUUACUCCCAGAAACAUGUUCCAUUGUCAUAUAACGAAGUGGAAACUGAUAACGAAGUGGAAAAGAAAUGAUAAGAAAAUAUAAACUGGCACGGUGGGCAGGAGAAUUCAGGCACUCAAAAUAAAUAGUAAACUAUUUUUACAUUCUUACCCAUUUUUGAAAUAGGGGACAAAAUUCACAGAUUUUUUUCUCUAUUUUUACAAAUAUCCUCUAAAGACAAUGCGCCUCAUUCACCAACAGCUCUUAAGAAUAAUGUCCUAUUGAAACAGUUUUUUUUUACGUUGCUCCACCCCUCUUUAGACUUUCGUUUUGCCAUUCUUGACUUAAUUCUCUCACCUUUUUCUUUAAAAUUUCUUUGUGUGCACACGGCCCUGCAGUCUCGUGUCCUUUCAUGAGGACUGGCAGGAUGUUUAACCGCUAAUUAGGAUCAACUGUGCUUUCACUUUACCGGGAUAAGGGGAUUCAUCAUUGUAAGAACAUUUCUGCAUUUCAAGAACACAUCGUGAAUUAGACUUUUCUAAGGACCUUUCUCAAGAACAAAUUUAAGUAAAAACUUGAUGAAUGUGGCUUAUUAUUUUAUAUAUACAGUUGUGUGAAAAAGUGUUUGCCCCCUUCCUGAUUUCUUAUUUUUUUGCAUGU